CCACUAGGCUCUGACUCGUACGACGCUAGGCGCUGUACUGCCAACUUUUAAUAUGCUAGGCGCUGUCAACCUGAACGAGUAUCGUGUCUGGUUUAUCUUCGAUCAGCGCGUCGUAGAUGAGCUGCGCCGUGUUUAUGCGGUUGCCCCUGAGGACAUUCGCCGUGUUUUUGACUACUUCUGUCGCCCUCGCGGCAAUAGUCCGUACGAUGCUGUCUUCGGUCCGGGCCCUCGCGACUACUCGCCUGUGAUCGCACGUACGACUAUUACUGCUCGGCAGAUUCUCACUGGCCGUCCGUCCUACCUCAAGGCCUUUGUUGUGUAUAGCCGCGGCGCUCUUAACGCGGCUUUUUGUACGAACAAUUGCGCCGCUGUUCUGCGAGGCGAGAAGGAGUUUACCGCAUUCGCUGGCUGCGUGUCCAUCGCCGGUGAGUGGGGUGGAGCCUGCUCUAACUGCGUCUGGCAAGACUAUGGAGCUCGUUGCAGUGUCACUUAGUAGGCAGUCUCUCGUAUGGGAGGUGGGCGUAAGAGGCUCCCUGACGGUCCUAGCAGUGGCAACCAGCGUGGUUGUCCGGCUGCGGGUGGUGCUGAGAACCCCCUGCUCGUGGAGUAGGUGGGCCUGCCUUCGCCAGUUUCUUCUGAGUCGUCCGUUAGGUUGUCGUCUAGGUUGGGUGUGGGACAACUAUGACUGUAGGGCCGUAGUGUUAGCGAGAUAGGCGGCGGGCUCCUAUGUGGGCUCGUCGUAGCCCACCUAAUGAACAAGGUAUUCUAUUUGCCUGCGCCUUAUUCUCUCGUCCGUGAUGUCUCGUACUGUCCACUCUAAGUGU